CACUACAUAUCAACUGCUCUUUCCGGUUUAGGAUUUUGACCAGCGUGCUUGUUCUCGUCCCGAGCUAAGGCCAUUUGUUAUAAACAAUUAAUUUUUGGCAACUUGCACAAUCAGUGAUUAGCCACAGCACUUCGACAUGUCCACCAAAGCCGAGCUCGCCUGCGUCUACGCCUCCCUCAUCCUCGUCGAUGACGAUGUCGCCGUCACCGGUGAGAAGAUCAACACCAUCCUGAAGGCCGCCAAUGUCGAGGUGGAGCCCUACUGGCCCGGUCUCUUCGCCAAGGCCCUGGAGGGCAUCAACGUCAAGGACCUGAUCACCAACAUCGGAUCCGGAGUUGGUGCCGCCCCCGCCGGUGGUGCUGCCCCCGCUGCCGCCGCCGCUGCUCCAGCCGCCGAGUCCAAGAAGGAGGAGAAGAAGAAGGAGGAGGAGUCCGACCAGUCUGACGACGACAUGGGCUUCGGUCUGUUCGACUAAAUCCUCUAGAACUCUCGACAACCGGACAUCCGUUGUGUUUGUGCUGUAAUCCUCGAGAGGUGGACGUGUGCCCGUGUUUCCCGACCUGCGUACACGUUUUAAUGUACAAAUGUGAGGAAAUAUAGAAGACGUUUGCUAAAAAAUUAUCGAGACUCUCCUUUUCACAACGGUGCAUAAUUAUUUUGGCUUACUGUGUUAUUGGUA